CUUUCUGUCACACUGACUCUCUUCUCUACUGACAAGACCAAUAAAGAAUCAGUAAAGAAAGUGAACUUUAUGUAAAGUAAAGUUUAGUAAGAGUGAAAAUGGCGUCACUAUCUGAAGAUGAUUUUUCUUGUCCUGUAUGUCAGAGAAUCUUCAAGAAUCCUGUUGUUUUAUCAUGUAGUCACAGUGUCUGUAAAGAGUGUCUUCAACAGUUCUGGAGAACCAAGAAAACUCAGGAGUGUCCUGUCUGCAGGAGAAGAUCCUCAAAAUCUGAUCCUCCAGUUAAUCUUGUGUUAAAAAACUUGUGUGAGUCGUUCCUGAAGGAGAGAAAUGAGGGGCGUUCAUCAGGAUCUGAGGAGAUCUGCAGUUUACACAGUGAGAAACUCAAACUCUUCUGUCUGGAGGACAAACAGCCGGUGUGUGUAGUGUGUAUGAAUUCACAAAAACACGACAAUCACGCAGUCAGACCCAUUGAAGAAGUUAUUCCUUCUUAUAAGGAGGAGCUCAAUACAACACUGAAAUCAUUACAGGACAAACUAAAACACAAUGAAGAAAUGAAAGGAGAGUUUGAGAAAACAGCUGAACACAUCAAGUCUCAAGCUGAGCACACAGAGCGUCAGAUUAAACAGGAGUUUGAGAAGCUUCAUCAGUUUCUCAGAGAUGAAGAAGAAGCUACAAUCACUGCACUGAGGGAGGAAGAGGAGCAGAAGAAGCAGAGGAUGAAGGAGAAGCUGGAGGAGAUCAACAGACACAUCUCAGCUCUUUCACACACAAUCAAAGACACGGAGAUGAUGAACACCAGUGACGUCUGCUUUCUGAAGGAGUUUCCAGUCUCAAUGGAAAGAGUCCAGAUCUCACAGCCGGAUCCACAGACGCCUUCUGGAGCUUUGAUUCGAGUGCCGCGUUACUUGGGCAACCUGCCGUUCAGAGUCUGGAAGAAGAUGCAGGACGUCGUCCAGAACACUCCUGUCAUUCUGGAUCCAAACACGGCUCAUCCACGUCUCGUUCUGUCUGAUGAUCUGACCGGUGUGAGAAACAGCUUGAACAAUCCACCUGUUCCUGAUAAUCCAGAGAGAUUUGACUAUUAUUCCUGUGUUCUGGGUUCAGAGGGUUUUAACUCAGGAACACACUGCUGGGAUGUGGAGGUUAAAGGCUGUUCAUUCUGGAGUCUUGGAGUAACUACAGCAUCAAACCAGAGGAAGAGAUUGGAUUUCUUCAACAAUGUCUGGAGUGUGUGGUAUGAUCCAUAUAGACUCUCUUUAGGUUCUGGUUUUCGUGUUUAUCAGGAUCUUGAUCGUGUGCGAGUGAAUCUGGACUAUGACGGAGGAAUGGUGUCAUUCUCUGAUCCUGUAACUAACACACAUCUACACACAUUCACAACCACCUUCACCCAAACACUCUUUCCAUUUUUUUGUAAUUAUAGUUUUACCUCUCUGAAGAUCUUACCUGUCAAUAGUCAGUAAUCUGUAGGUCUGGAUCUUCCUGAUUUCAUCUUUCAUCAUGUUUCAAUAUUUAAUCCAGAUCACACGAGUAAGAGACUGUUGAUCUGAACAUCAGAUCACAAAACAAGGACAUUUAUUCAUCUUUAAAAAUGAGAAAUUAUUAAAACACGUGAUGAAGGGUUCGAAUAAAUCAUCUUAAUCAUAUCUGACCAAUGACAAACAGUUCAGUUCAGCUUUAUUGUCUUUGUAUUUAGAUACAGUGAAAUUGCAGUGCAACUUCAUUCAGUGCAAUUUUAAAAACACAAAUAAUGUAGAGUACACCAGGUACAGUUGGUACACUUGCUUUUUCUGUUACUACACCAAAACUAGGGACUGAAAAGAAGUGAUUAUUCAUAUGACAUUUCCUUUACUUGUCUACUAAAAUAUUAAUAAUUAUUAACAUCCAUAAGUAGGUCAUAUUUGCCAUAACACAACUGUACCCAUGUCGGGAACAGUACCCGAGUACAGCUGAGGAAGGGACGUGGUGUAAUGAAAAACAUACAUUGAAAGAAAAAAAAAACUUUCGCUGAAAUCUUCGGACUGGAGAAGCACAUGUACUUCGAAUUAGUACACUAAUACACAUGUGUGAAAAAAAUAUCACAGAUCCCCAAUCCACCUUAUUUUUCAGUGCGGAAGUAAGCUGUUUCCUGGUAAUGUGUCAGCCGUCCGGUUCAUAAUCCACCAUAGGAAAAUAACCAGAAGAAUAUCGAAGUGCGGUAAACAGUAAAACAGUUUGCACUACAAACCAGUGUGUUCAUAAUUAAGAUAAAACAUUAAAAUAAUAUGGUAAAACACAUGAGUUUGCAAUAUCAAGCAGCAAAACCAGCUUUUUGUGCAGCUAAAAAUAGCUGGAAGCGGAUGAGACCGGAAGCCAGACACAAAAAUUUUAGAAAUGACUGCAGCCGCUCUUAUGGGAAAAAUAAGGUGGAUAGGAUCAGACUUGUUGCGCACACUUAAAGUUAUUUAAGGUGUUUCAAAUGUACCCGGUCUACCCUACCAUUAAAACACAAAUAGGACAUUUCAUAAUAAAUUAUUUAAAGUAAAAAAGGGGAUAAAAGUAUUGCACAGUUACUUUUUGUUUUAUAUUAUUGUUUCCAGAAAAAAAUUCAAAAACAAUUGUUGUUUCUUGUCCUGUAUGUCAUGAAAUCUUCAAGAAUUCUGUUGUUUUAUCGUGUAGUCACAGUGUCUGUAAAGAGUGUCUUCAAAACUUCAGACUCAGGAGUGUCCCGUCUGCAGAAGAUCCUCAAAAUCUGAACAUCCAGUUAAUCUUGAGUUAAAAAUCUUGUGUUUUAUGUUGCCUACCCCGGAGUAAUGUAAUGUAAUGAGUAAGUCUGUGGCUGUAAAAAUAUUGACAAACAUGUGUUAUAACCAAGCUCUUUACAAACAUCAGUCAAUAAAUAAAAAGUUCCUUAAUAGUUUCUUCAGAAUCUCAUGUAAUUUAAA